AUGGAAGUUAUCGAAGAAAAGAGAUUAUUCACUGAUUUACCUUAUAGAUUUGCCUAUGUUGCCAAGUUUGUUGGUUUCGGUGAAGAAGAUGUCAAGUAUAUUCAUGAAUCAGCUGCUGUUUUGGCUCCACUCGUGCCAACAGUUGUUGAUUUGGUUUAUAAAAAGUUGUUCAGUUUUGAUGUGACAAAGAAGACCUUUAUGGUUCGUAAUGAUAAAUUUCAAGGAAAGAUGGAAGAUACUUUGGAUGAAUUGUCUGAUACUUCUAGUGAACAAAUUAAAUUCAGAAAGGAUAUGUUGAGCAAGUAUUUGGUUAAAUUGGUUACUGCUGAUUACUCUGAUCCUGCUCUUGUUAAAUAUUUGGAUUGGGUUGGUAAAAUCCACACAACUAAGGCUGGUAACAAGGAUAUUGUUAUCGAUUAUAUUCACAUUAAUGCUUUGUUUGGUUAUGUUUCCGAUGUCUUGUUGGGUACUAUUGCUAUGUGUCCACAAUUGAAUGAAGAACAAAGAGCCAAGACUGUCCAAGCUUUUAACAAGUUAUUGUGGAUUCAAAAUGAUUUAUUUGCUAAAUAUUAUGUUGAUGAUGAUUCUAGACAUGGAAUUACUCAACCUGAAUCUACUGAAUCUGCUCCAUCAUCUGGUGGUUGUUGUUUUGGAUUCAAGUCAGCUAAGCCACAAACUUGUCAAAAGACUUGUCCAUUGAAACCUCUUGCUUGUAUUUCUAUUGUUGCUGCUGCUUCAUUCUUCCUUGGUAAAUACCUUGCCAAUAAGUAA